CAUGCGUUGAGCACUAAUGAUGUUCUCCACUUGUGCUAUCCAUAUUACUCUGUUAUUACGCUUUCCACGUAUAGACAUUACCAGUAUUUUUUUUCGAAGAGAUGGAUACUUCUUUUCCGAUAAAUAUGAAUUGUGAAUAGAAACGUUUUCAAGUCUGGAAGUUUUCCUUUCUAAAAACAAUUAUGUGCUCUUGAAAAAUGAAGUAACUUUGUUUUUUUAUUCAGUAUACUUAUGAGGAGAUACUAUUAACUAUACUAUUAGGAGCUAAUAGGUUUCGAACAGUCGACGUAUAAUUAUAAUUGAUCCGUUCGGAAAGACCUGCGCUUUAUCGCUCUACUAUUGUCUAGCAAGCAACAUUUACGUAACAAAGUUCAUGCGCGUUUUCGUGCAUUGACAUCUGGUAGACAUUCAGUGGUUGUCAUUGAGCGAUAUGAAACGCACAAGCACUAUCAGCGGUCUGGUCGAAUUCGGCCUCCGUUUCAUCGGCAUGUGGCCAGGCUCGACUUACGCGAAUCUCUGGUGGUUGAUCUACAUGACGACGAUAGUGAUAGUGCAAUAUUAUCAGUAUAUGUACGUUUGUACACAUUUUGACCUGAGUGAUCUGUCGCUCCUCAUGGACUGUCUCGGUCUUACCUUGGCAUACAGCCUUGCCUUUGUCAAGCUUUUUGCUCUGUGGUGGAAUCGCCGGAUAUUUCAUCACAUUCUGGCAGCGAUGGAACAUGAUUGGAGAGAGUGCGCUGUCAAUGACUCGUACGUGUCCACGAUGUUGAACGUGGCGGAACUGUCGCAUCGUUGUUCCAACGUGAUGAUCAGUAUUAACGCUUUAGCCGCUUUUUUUCUCUCUAUCGGCGAGCAUCUACUUCAAUCGAUGAACAUCGAUGACAGUCGAGCUAACAAUUAUUCUCGAGAGCUCCCAAUAAAAAUGGAGUUUCCCUUCGAUGUGAGCAAAUCGCCUGUUUUCGAAUGUUUCCUGAUGGGACAAUUUCUCUAUGAAUUGGUGCUAGCUUGCUUGGUUGGUAUGGUGAAUGCGAUACUCGUAUCACUGAUACUUCAUGUAAGCGGUCAGAUUGAUAUAAUGCGACAAGAUUUAAUUAAAAUUUCCAAUAAUUACAAUCCAAGCACAUCUUUAAAUGUUAUUAAAAGGUUUAUUGACAGACAUCAGAAGACUAUUAUUUUAUCAGAACAUAUUGAAAAUUUGUUUACUUACAUUGCGCUGAUGCAACUCUUAUGGAAUACCUUAGUUAUAUGUUGUACUGGUUUCGUGAUCAUAAUUGUGAGUAAUAUCAGGCGUUUGUCUUGCGAUUUUGACGAAAAAUAUUUCUUUACUGUAUUGCAGACCAUUGGUACCAAUGAAGGUGCAACAGCUUCGAUCAAAUCUGUAAGUUUUUAUAUUGCAAUAACUCUAGAAGUCUUCAUACUUUGUUUUGCUGGAGAAUUUUUAAGCGCUAAGAGCAAAUCGAUUAGCGAUGCAGUGUAUGAGUCUCUUUGGUACGACAUGCCACCAACCGAUAGUCGUAUUUUAUUGUUCAUAAUAAUAAGAUCACAAAAACGGUUAACAAUUACUGCAGGAAAAGUUGUUGAUUUAACUCUGGAAGGAUUCACGAGCAUAAUGAAGGCAUCAGCCUCCUAUGUAUCAGUGUUGAAUGCGAUGUACUAACUUCUGAAUGACAUCUGUUUGUCACCAUACGUGCAUAUUCACUGCUCGCCUUAAUUGCGAAAAUUUUUUCAAGCGAUCAUAAUUGUUCGCUGAAUUAAAUUAUUAUUAUUAAUAUUAUUAUUAUUAUUAUUAAAUUAUUACACGAUAGUGAUAAGGCAUAAAAUCAUCUCCGUGGAAAUUUUUCUUUGCGACUUUAGCGAAUACUAACAAUACAUUAAAUGUUCUAUCAUAAUAAACUUCACGUUUUUCCAUGUUA